UCCUUCGCUUCUGGCUCCCAGGAUGAACCCCCGGCGGGGUCCGGCCGGGCUGCGGGGGGACGGCGGCAGCCCCGGGCAGCUGUAGCCGGCGAUCCGGCCGGGAAGAGCCGCCCGCCGCCCGAGGAUGCUCCGCGGGCUCCCGGCCUCAGGAGGUGCCUCUUCCUUCGGUCAGCUCCAGGAGAACUGCCUGGUGUCCCCUGAGGCUCUGGGAUUUUCCAUGCUGGCAUCAGGACUUUCCUGGAGAAAAUCGUAGAUUCCCCCAGAUUCCUUUGGGACACAGAGCAGCUGACCCAACUUCAAAAAUGUGACUCAUGGCCACUCCAGCAAAAGGAUCAGGAGCAGUUUCUGGGUUGGGGCAAGAGCCCCACAGGACACAAAGGUGAUGAAGAUGAGAGGAACCUGGCUGGCUGUGCCUGUUGGACACCUGCUGGCCCUGGGACACAGGCACAAAUGGAGAAACAUGAUGGAUUCCAGAAGGUUCAGGCUGUUUGUCUGCCUGGUGGGCCUCAGCAGCGCCAGCUUCUGGGCUUUCUACAACUGGGCCGAAUUCUGCGUGUCCUGUGAGAGCAGCCAGGGUUACACACCCCCCACGGAGAAUUUCAGGAGGGUCCAAGGGGACUUCUCGCAGCUCCCGGACGUCGACUGCCUCAAGAACCCUCCUUUCCUCAUCCUGCUCGUGGCGUCCUCAUCCCAGCAGGUGGAUGCCAGGAUGGCCAUCCGGCACACCUGGGGCAAGGAGAGGACAGUGGCUGGGAAGCGCCUGGUGACGUUUUUCCUGCUGGGGAGCCCUGUGGAUCCCAGCCAGCAGGCUGGCAUCACUGCUGAGGCCCAGAGGCACAGAGACAUCAUCCAGAAGAACUUUACAGACACCUAUUACAACCUGACCCUGAAGACCAUGAUGGGAAUCGAGUGGAUUCACAGGUUCUGUUCCCAGUCCAGCUUCGCGAUGAAAACCGACACGGACGUGUUUGUCAACGUUUUUUACCUCACUGAGCUGCUUCUGAGGAAAAAGAAGACGGCUGGAUUCUUCACAGGCUUUUUAAAACUGCACGAGUACCCCAUCAGGACAAGAGGGAGUAAGUGGUAUGUGAGUAGGGAAGAGUAUCCAGGAAUGACCUACCCACCCUUUUGUUCCGGGACUGGAUAUGUUUUAUCCAGCGACGUAGCCAGCCAGAUCUAUAACGUUUCGGAGAGUGUUCCAUUCAUUAAACUGGAGGAUGUGUUCAUAGGACUGUGCCUUGACAAAUUAAAAAUUCGGCUGGAGGAGCUUCACUCGGAGCAGACGUUUUUCCCAGAAAGGAUCAGGUUCUCUGUUCCUCGCUUUAAGAAAAUCGUGACGUGCCAUGGAGUAAAACCAUCUGAGCAGCUGAGCUACUGGAACCACUUAGUGGAAGGAACUCAAGGAGGAGUGCUCUAGCACUUACCCUGCUCCACUUAACAAAAUUAAAUUCUCUGCUUUUACAGGGCUGCUCCCCUCUCCAGCAAACUCCCAAUUAACUCCAGCUCCAGCACAUGAAAGACUUUGGAAAUGGUUAUUUUAAUCACAGAACCAGGGUAUUGUUAAGGUUGGGAAAGACCUCCAAGAUCAUUGAGUCAAACCUUUGACUAAACAUCACCCUGUCAGCUAAACCAGAGCACGGAGUGCUAUGCCCAGUCAUUCCUUGAACACCUCCCUGGGCAGCCCCUUCCAGUGCUUAACCACUCCUUCUGUGAAAAAAUUCCCUAUUUCUGCCCCGGAACAUGCAAAGCUCCUUCUCUCCCACUCACUCCCACCUCUGUGCAUCCCUUCUCUACACAACUUACAAUUAUUAUGAUUAUUCUUUUUUCCUGAAACAUUCAGGCCUGCUAGCCUCCCCCCCAAAUCUUGCUGCCAGAGGCCCGGGAAUAUUUCUGCUGUGCCAAACAAAAAGUCAAAGCACUUUCAUUCAGGGAAUAAAAUCCGUACCAUCUUCCUGGUCGCCCUCGAUAAAUUACUGCACCCAUCUGUGCAGGCACUUAAGGAGUGAUAUUUGUAGCUGUCAGGAUGCUCCCUCCUGGCACAGGAAGCCGCAGCCCUGCCCUUGCAGCCAGCUCUGUGUGGGCUGAGCUGCAUCCUGGCACAGAUCCCUCCUUCAGUCUACACCAAUUUCUUUUGCAGGGAUGGUAGAAUUUGCCCAUGCAAUGCUCUGGGGACAGCCUUGGGCACUGCAGGUCACCUGGUGGACGUACAAAAGCUGUUCCAGCUGUUUCCUUGUGUGUGCUUCCUGCUGAAAAUAAUCCAUGGUGGAGCCAGUGGAGGGUGUCCUGCUCUUCCUAUUAAAAUAGACCCUGGAGAUAUCUUUUAUAUUUGUGUCUCGCUUUGAUUGCCUGAGAGCUACUGUGAAUGGUUUGCCAAGGCUGAACUAGAGUCACUUACAGUGAUUUAGACUUUCUUUUUUCCCCCCAAAGAGAAACUGGGUGUGUGAGGGAGAAGACAGGAGGAUUUUUAUCUUUUGAACAAGACCUAGUGGAAAAAUGUGCUCAAGUAACCAUUCAGGCUGGGAGCCCUAUUUCUUAUUUCAUUCCCAAGCAAAGACUCAUGAAAUCUCUGGGAUGAUGAUAAGUUUCAGAGAUAAGGAGUGGGGUCUUUACAGCAGAUGCUGAAAAAUCCUUCAGGGCUCUGAGGAAGGAGAAAGGAGUUCAGAAAUCCUCCCUUAUGCAAUGCUCCUGUUUGAUUUUCCAGCAGGCACAGGCAAGGUCAGUGUUAUCAGCAUGGAAUGGCUGUAAUGUCUGUGGGAAGUGUUUUUUCCAAAAAGCAGUGAAAGUGGAGCUGUUCCCAAGGGGAGCUGAGAGAAUCUGACACCCGGCAUAGUAAAAGCAUGGAAGAAAGACAGGAAAAUAGAUUUUAUUAUUUUGGUAUUAUUUAUUUUUAUUGUUUCUUUUUAUUGAAAAGAAAGAUU